AUGCUUGGGUUUCUUGCCGCAGGAAUCGUUCUUCUAGCAGCCAUCUCUUACCUCAUAAUCCGCCCGAUCAUCUACUACUUCUACGACCCCAAAGGCCUUCGAAAAUUCCCCAACUACUCACCGUUCUCUCCCUUCACGGACUUGAGGCACUGUUAUCUCACUGCACAGGGCUUCCGAUCGAAGAAUCUCCACGAGACACAUCAGAGCACCGGUCACCCAAUCCUCCGAACUGGGCCCAACGCCUUGUCGUUCAGCGACACUCGUGCCAUCAAAGACAUCUACGGUCACAGUACCAAGUGCAUCAAAGACAAUAACUAUGUUGUCUUGAGUGGGACACACCGACACCUUUUCGAUGUUGUCGACAAGCCCGAGCAUGCACGAAAGCGCAAGCUGCUCUCUGCCGCCUUUGCUAUCAAUAAUCUCGAAAAGUGGGAGUAUAAGGUUGCUUACACUGCUGAGCGACUGUUCAAGGCCUUCGAUGAGAGAUGCACCGCCCCUUUGAAAGACAGCAUCCCGGAACCUGAGGAUUUGACAAUCGACUUCAACCACUGGAUCAACCUCUGGACGAUUGAGGCAAUCAACUUCAUCACCCUAUCUACCAAGAUGGAUCUUCUCGAUACUGGUACAGACGACGUGACGGCUGAGAGACGUGAUGGUACCUUAUACAAAGCCCGGUAUCGUCACUCUCAGAACCAGACGGCCAUUGCUCAAGCCGUCUUCGUCUGGGACUACGACCUCUGGCCGUGGAUCGAAUGGAUCACGAAGACAGUUCCCAACAAAUACAAACAGAUCUGGGAAGAUGGCAAGCCUUGGGACGACGUUUACUACCACGCUGCCGCGGAGCGACUUCGAAGAUAUCAGGCAGGCGAAAAGCUGGACGACUUCUUCUCCUGCAUUAUGGAUGAUAAAACCGGUGCGCCCAACAACCUCGAGUGGGGCGAGAUCGUCGCCGAAGUUGGUGCUAUCAUCAAUGCUGGUGCAGACACAACAGCCAUUGCCUUGACGCAUAUUCUGGAGCUUCUCAUCAAGCACCCUCAGUACAUGGAAAUGCUUCGCAAGGAGGUCGACAGUAUCCUGGAUCCUGACGAGGUGAUCGCACCUUAUGACAAAGUCAAAGAUCUCCCGUUUCUUAGAGCCUGUAUCGAUGAGGCCCUCCGCUUUAUCCCUCCUACAUCCGCGCCGUUGCCUCGCCGCACCCCUCCGGAAGGGGCCCGAAUUCUGGACCAGUGGAUUCCUGGGAAUACAAGCGUCUCCAUGACUAUAUAUGGGGCGCACAGAGAUCCGAAGAUCUUUCCGGAUCCUGAGGUCUUUAAGCCGACGAGAUGGUUGAACCCCGAGGAGAGAAAGAAGAUGGAACCGUAUUUCAUCCCGUUCUCUACGGGAGCCAGAGGCUGCAUUGGAAGAAACAUUUCCUAUUUGGAGCAGACCAUGAUGCUGGCGUCGCUGGUUCAUAGAUAUGAGUUUGCUCUGCCUUCACCUGAUUUCCAGUUGCAGAGGUUCGAGGCGUUCAACAUCAUCUGUGGUCCUUUACCAGUAAAGAUCUGGCGACGAGAAGUUGAAUAG